AUGCCAAGGAUCACAUGCUCACGUGUACUCAGCAAACAUAUCCUCAAUGCUCAAGUCUCGAUUCGAUCACCCUGCUGCAAGCAGUGGUUCGAUUGUGCAGAGUGCCAUGCGGAGACCCAGACACACCAACUCAAGCAGGCCAUGGAGAUGACCUUCGCCUGCAAGAAGUGCAAGAAGUGCUUUCGAAAGGACAUGAACGAGUAUGAAGACAGUGAUGAGUACUGUCCCCACUGCGACAACCAUUACGUUAUUGAGGCCAAAGAGCCAAAGGCGCGUCUGGAGGUGGAGGGUGAAGAUGUGCGGAAGGAUGCACGCAUGCUUAGGGAUGAGCGCAUGAAGGCGAUCAAGGAGAUGUCCAUAUGGGAUGAUGAGGGUGACGCUGCCCGACUCGGCUGA